AUGCCGCCUCCGCGUCCGCCGCACCCCCCACCUCCCCCUCCUCCGCCGCCCGGGCCGCCUCCUCUACGCGCUCAUCGCCUCCCUCUCCCGCCCACCCGCCCGGCCCCCGCGUCUCUCCUCCUCGCGCCGCCCUCCUCCCCAGCCCGUGCCCUCGCGCUUCUCUUCCCCGACUCCUCUGCCCACCUCUUCCCCUCCCUACCCUCCGUCGCCACCUCGUCUUCGCCCGCUCACACCCCCGUCCCGUCACCACUCGCCGCCGCCGCCUGCUUCGCGCUCCUCCUCCCGUCCUCACACCUCCUCUUCCUCUCCGCGCAUCCGUCCCCUUGCUCCCCCUCUGUCCACCUCCGCGCCUAUUCCCUCGCGUCCGCGCCCGCUUUCCCGCGCUUUGCGCCCGCCUCGCUCUCCUUCAAGCGCCAUGCCUCAGCCGCAGGCCUGCCGCUCCAGGGCCUACCCUUCGGCCUCGGCGUCCGCCUGGCCGGCGGGGUCAACGCCGUCGCGCUGCUCUCCCUGUCCGCCGGCCAGAUCUGGGUGCUCGCUCCGAAGCUGGCCGCGGACGGCCGGACGGUGGAGCUGCACAAGUGCGUGGUCGUCGAGCUCGAGCCGGCGCGGCCCGUGUACGCGAUGGAAGUCGCAAUGGGAAGGCUGCUGCUCGGGGAGGCUGGUGGCUUGCGCGUCUUCCCGCUGCGAGGUUUGAUGAAGGGUGGAAAGGAGAGGGAGGGGAAGAAGGAAGUUGCUGUGGCAGUAGGAAGGAAGGGCUACCACAAGAAGAACGGGAUGCUGAAUGGCUUAGUUGUGCCAGUUAAGCGUGUUAGCUAUGGGGGCAGUGGUGAAGGCGACGUUGUUUCCACUUGUAAGCUCACAACUCUGAGGGUAAAACAGAGUUCAGGAAGCUAUUGCUCUUUUUUGUUGGCAUUUCAAAAUGAUGAUCACAAGUCAGAAGGCAGCAUGGAAUUGCUGAAAUCAGUGAAAGCUGUUUCGAUCCAUCCUCUUUCCAAGAACAAGUUUUUGGUACUGGAUUCAUCUGGAGUGUUGCAUGUCUUCAAUCUUUCAACAACAGAAAUGGUCUCAGGAGCUGCCAGCAAGCAAUAUUCUGAAAAUAUCCAUACAUAUCGCUUGGAUUAUCCCAUGAAAGUGCAAUUUUCUGCUGUCUUUUCAGUUACCUCUAUAAAGACACAAAUUUUUUGGGUUUCAGAUGGUGGACAUACUGUACAUGUAAUGUCAGUGGUUGAGACUGAAUCCCCCAAUGGUGACAAUGGAGACGUUACCGGAGAAAGAGAGGUAGCAACUAUGAAGCUUUCAGCUAUUGAAGCAAUCUUUACAAGCGAAAGAGUUCAGGACAUUGUAUCUAUCUCCAAGGAUUCAGUCCUUAUCCUUGGUCAAGCAUACACCCUCAGGUUUCAUUUGAUAUCAGGUGGAUACAUCACUGGUCUUUAG